AUGAACGCACCGGGAGCGGAGUGGCACAGCUUACAAGAGAACCUGGGAAGUGGCCACUACAUCGUGGAAAUCUCGCUACCGGUCAGCGCGGCCCCGCAGAGGGCCUUCGAACUAGUCGACUGGGACGCCUUUCGAAAGAGAAGGAAGGACGACCACAAAAAAUACGAGUCGUUUGCGGACCUCGUAGCACAGCUCAAGAAGGAUGUAGCUGUGGUCACCAGGACCUUCGAAACGGACCUCAAGCUCGACCUCAUGGACGCUCGAUCGGCGCAUCUGCUCGAAGCCAAGAAUUGCCUCACGGCCAGAUGGAAGACGCAGAAGCUGAAUCGCAACCUCCGGAGGAGGAUCGCGGCCCUCAACCGCGAUAUUGAAUCGCACUGCAAAGAGCUCGGCUACCAGCAAUGGAACGAAGUAUGCGCGUCCGUCGACGGCCAGAUGCGUGCGGGAGGCAAGUGGAACCUCCUCAAGCAGUUAUUGGACGACACGCAGUCCAAGAGAAACCACACUCUGGCCAUCGAUAGGCUGGUCCACAAGCUCAAUAGCGAAGGCGCAUCUAUGAACGAAGUGAUGGACGAAGUCGCGCGUCGCUACCUCCCUAUGGGGCAGUCCGGGCCAGAAGAUUACCCGGCCUAUGGCGGCAAGGCGGACGAGGAGCUCGACGCCCCCUUCUCCGUCUCGGCAGCAAAAGUGGUCCUUCAAAGCCUCGACGGAAGGUCGGCGCACGGGCCGGAUGGAAUCUCGAACAGACUCCUUCGAAAUUUAGACGACGGCUCGAUCGAACUGCUCACCAAAGAAAUAAACGAUGUCUGGGAGGUCAGUAUCGUACCGGAUGCCUGGAAUGAAGCCACGGUGAUCCUAAUUCCGAAGCAGGGCAAGACACCAGCCAGAGACAGUCUGCGACCCAUUUCGCUCACUUCUUGCGUGGGCAAGGUGGCGGAGCACGUCAUCCAGAACAGAAUAUCGAGGCAUGUCGAGGAACGAGACCUCCUCCCGCGGAAUAUGGUCGGCUUCAGACCCUCGCUGUCCUCUCGAGAGGUCAUGCUGCUGAUCAAGAAGCAGAUAGUCGACGUGGUCACGAGAGACGUCCGAGGCAUCUGGGCGCUGGACAUCACCAAGGCCUUCGACAUGGUCAAGCACGAGCACGUCCUCGACUCUGUGAUGAGAUUGAACCUCGGCGAACGCUUUCGCGCGUACGUGAGCUCUUGCCUAAGGGAUCGCAAGGCCACGAUCAAAUUGGGCCAGAUCAAGUCGGAUGGAUACGCGCUGGGAGCGUGGGGCACGCCCAGGGUGCGGUGUAAUCGCCACUGCUCUUCAACAUCUCCAUGA